UGGAGAGCAAUCAAUUAAAUACAGGGCAGAGGGUUCAUCAUCCGAAAGGCCAGUCGUAUGUUUGUUAGCGGUGCACAAGUUGGGAUGCUGAUAAUUGAAAUUGCACGAGGGCCGAUUCCAUGCUGCUGCAAACCGUUUGGAUCAUUAUAGGAACUUCAAAUUAUUUUCUCACCAUAGCAGUGUCUGUUCAGCUGAUUUCUUUGGACUCUGGCCAUGUUAUUCAUGAUUGUUCUGGCGGUUUUUCUCCUGGCAAACACCACACCAAGUCACGAAACUGGCGAUUUCACGUACAACAGUUUCCGGUCUGCGAAUCUGAGCCUCGAUGGUUUAGCUACACUCACUGGCAAUGGCCUCCUGAAGUUAACCAAUGGGACCAAACAGAAGGUGGGUCAUGCCUUCUACCCGGACCCCAUCACGUUCAAGAAUUCAUCUGAUGGCGCUGUCCACUCGUUCUCCACCACAUUCGUCUUCGCUAUAAUUCCCGAACAUCCAGAUCUGGGCGGUCCUGGGUUCACCUUCGUGGUGGCUCCUCGUAGAGAAUUUCCCGGAGCUCAGCCUAGUUAUCACUUUGGUCUCUUCAACGAAACAAACGAUGGCAACGCCACGAACCACAUUUUUGCGGUGGAGUUUGGCAAGAUUCAGAACAGCGAAAUCCAUGAUAUCAACGGCAACCAUGUCGGGAUCGAUGUCAAUGGGCUGGACUCUGUCAAAUCUUCCCCUGCUGGAUACACUGCAAACAACAUUCAAGGCUUCAGAAACUUGAGUCUGAGUAGUGGUAAAGCGAUGCAAGUUUGGGUGGAUUAUGAUGGUAUGCAGAAACAAAUCAGGGUCACAGUAGCUCCGGUCAAUGUCGACAAACCGAACACUUCCCUUUUGUCUCUGUCCUUCAAUCUCUCGCCGAUCUUCAAAGAGACCAUGUACGUUGGGUUCUCUUCCUCAACCGGCUUGCUCUUAGCUUCUAAUUAUAUCCUCGGAUGGAGCUUUAAGGUAAAUGGACAAGCUCAUAGGCUUGAUUUGUCUCAACUUCCUAGAUUACCCCAUAUGAAAAAGAAGCAGAAAUCCAUUCCUCUCACUACUGGACUGCCUUUCAUAUGUUUAUUCUUUCUGUCAAUACUAGUCUUUGCUGUGGCUUAUGCAAUAAGAAAAAGAAGGAAAUUUGCAGAGGUUCUCGAGGAUUGGGAGCGCGACUACAGUCCGCAGAGGUUCAAGUAUAAAGAUCUCUAUGUUGCCACAAAGGGGUUCAGGGAUCAGGAGCUAUUAGGAACCGGUGGAUUUGGUAAAGUUUAUAAAGGGGUAUUACCCACCUCAAAAACUGAGAUUGCGGUAAAGAGGGUUUCUCAUGAAUCAAGGCAAGGGAUGAGACAGUUCAUCGCUGAGAUUGUUAGUAUUGGUCGGCUUCGUCAUCGGAACAUUGUGACGCUUCUUGGAUACUGUCGUCGGAAGGGUGAGCUGCUGUUGGUUUAUGACUACAUGCCAAAUGGAAGCCUAGACAAGUACCUCUAUAACCAACCAAAGGUGAUCCUCAGUUGGACCCAAAGAUUUAGAGUGAUCAAAGGUGUUGCAUAUGGCCUCUCUUAUCUCCAUGAAGGAUGGGAACAAGUAGUGAUUCACAGGGACAUCAAAGCUAGCAACAUCUUGCUUGAUUCAGAACUAAAUGGGAGGUUAGGAGAUUUUGGGCUUGCAAGACUAUACGAUCACGGUACAGAUCCUCAAACCACCCAUGUGGUGGGAACUCUUGGAUAUCUGGCCCCGGAGAACACUCGAACUGCCAGGGCCACUACGAGCACGGAUGUUUUCGCGUUCGGGGCAUUUUUGCUCGAGGUUGCUUGUGGUAGAAGGCCGAUCGAGGCUCGGGGGGAGGAGGACGUGAUAUUGGUGGACUGGGUGUUUUCUUGCUGGGAUAAGGGUGACAUUCUAGAGGCAAGAGAUCCGAAUUUAGGGGUGGACUUUGUGGCGAAGGAGGUGGAGCUAGUGUUGCAACUCGGAUUGUUGUGCUCCCAUUCUGAGCCAACUGCGAGACCAAGCAUGCGUCAUGUAGUGCAGUACUUGGAAGGGGAUCUCGCAAUGCAGGAGUUAUCAUCUCUUGGUGUUUCAAAAAGCGGAUUGACAUUUGCAUAUCAUGAAGGUUUUAGUAAGUCUACCAUGUCUAAUCCGCCUUUCGCAACAUCUUCCGUCGCAAAUUCUCUCCUCUCUGGUGGAAGAUGAGUCUUAAGCUUGUUAUAUAAAUAAAUAGCACAUUUCAUAGAUCGAAGUAAUUGUCAAACUAGUGUUCUCAUGCGUCAAGUAUUCGUAGUUUGCAACUUUGCAAGUAUAUGUAACCUGUAAUUUAAGAUUCUGUGGAUCGAACCAAUUUCUGCAGUAUAUUCUUACAUGUUCUUGGGAAUGUCCACAUUAGCGUAAAUUGCCUUCUUUUUUGGUUUC